CUCUUCCUUGCACUGGCAGCUGUGGGGCCUGUACAGGCGCAGGGGAUGCAUUUUGCCCCCUGUGGUCCUCUGCAUCGCUUGGGGCUUGAUCGCUGACCACUGCCAAGCAAGAACCCCUGCAGAUCCCGGUGGGGCUCAGAUUGCAACCCUAGCUAUCAGUCUGCUGCCCAGGACUACAAUCUGCUGCCUCGCCCUGCCAUGGAAUUUGCAGAGUUGAUCAAGACCACCAAAGUGGACAACGUGGUUUUCUCCUGCCCAGGACUCCAGCCAGUUACAGGGACACUUUGCAUCACCAGCCAUCACCUGCUUUUAUCAUCCCAGACGGGGGGAAGUGGGGAGCAGAGCCAGAUCGAGUUAUGGCUUCUUAUUCGCAAUGUGGACGCCCUUGAGAAAAGUGUUCAGAAUCUGAGCUGGUAUCAAAGCUCCAGGACUAACAGCUCCACUCGAGAGACCAGACUUACAAAUGCUUCUGGCACCAUCACUCUCAAAUGCAAAGACUUGAAAGUUCUGCAGCUGGAGAUCCUGGGAAUGGAGGAGUGUCUGAACGUUGCCCGUUCCAUUGAGGCCCUCUCCUCCGUGGAAUCGGUGAUGAUGAUGUACCCCUUCUUCUACAGACCCCAAAGCAUGAAGUUGGAAAAUGGGUGGCAGCUUCACAUACUUGAGCAGUACUACCAGCAACUAGCUUCAGAUACAGGUGCCUGGAGGCUCAGCUAUGUCAACAAAGAUUUUGGAGCCUGUUCCAGUUAUCCUCCAGCUGCCAUUGUGCCGGCCACAGUGGAUGAUGCAGCCCUGAGGAAAAGCGCCCACUUCCGCCAAGGGAGACGGUUUCCUGUCCUCAGCUAUUACCACAAAAAGAAUGGGACUGUGAUGCUGCGCAGCAGCCAGCCACUGGUGGGGCCCAACCGGAAGCGCUGCACAGAGGAUGAGCAGCUGCUGAGCACCGUGCUGGAGGGAGGAGACCGUGGCUUCAUCCUGGACACCAGGUCGAAGCAGGCAGCUAAACAGGCCCAGAUGAUGGGGGGGGGCAUGGAGCACCGAAGCUCCUACCCCUGCUGGAAGCGAUUGCACCGGUCUCUGGAGAGGGGCCGUGUCCUCCAAGAAAGCUUCAUCAAGCUGGUGGAGUCUUGCAACGACCCUCCCCACAGCAUGGACCGCUGGCUGAGCAAGCUGGAAGCUUCCAAAUGGCUGUCCCAUGUCAAGGAGGCACUGAGCACUGCCUGCCUCGCGGCACAGUGCAUGGAAAGGGAGGAGGCCUGCGUCCUGGUGCAUGGAGCCGAAGGGACAGACACCACGCUGCUGGUGACAGCCCUCGCCCAGGUCAUCCUGGACCCUGACUGCAGGACACUGGCUGGCUUCCAGGGGCUGCUGGAGAGGGAAUGGAUACAGGCCGGUCACCCAUUUUCCCUCCGCUGCGCCCACUCAGCCUAUUCCCAUGCCCGGCUCAAGCAGGAGGCGCCCAUGUUCCUCCUCUUCCUCGACUGCACCUGGCAGCUUGGACGCCAGUUCCCCUUAGCCCUGGAAUUCAGCGAGUGCCUCCUGCUGGCCCUGUUUGAGCACAGCUACGCGUCGCCCUACGGCACAUUCCUCUGCAAUAACGAGAAAGAAAGGAGGCUCUGUAAAGUGAAGGAGAAGACUCACUCGCUCUGGCCCUGGCUGAACUGCAAGAGGCAGAAGUACCUGAAUCCGCUCUACGCUCGCAACCCCUUGGCCAUCUGGCCAUCAGUGGAGCCCCAGAGCGUGCUACUCUGGCAAGGUUUAUUCCUCCGCUGGGUCCGUUCAUCCCACUAUCUAGAUGAAGCAUGGGCAGAAAUCCAGCAAAUAGCAAAGUCCAGACAGAAUGACAAUGGAGGGAAGCAUCAAGCGCCGACGGCAGCGCUUACAGAAGCAGAAGCCAAAACACUGGACAUCUAAAGACGAGCCAAAGUUAGCCAAGGCCUCAUCUCGCCCCGUCUCUCGCCAACAUAGGAGUUAUCAAGAACAGCAAGAAUCUUGCUUGGUAGUGGUCACAAAUCACAUUGUGAAGUGUGUGUGUGUGUGUGUGUGUGUGUGAGAGAGAGAGAGAGAGAGAGAGAGAGAGAGAGAGUGAGUGCAUGCAUGAGAUUGUGCAGGUCGGAGAAUUUCUCACUGGGUUACAGAUCUAGUCUCUAAACUGUUACAAUUAAAAUACAUUUUGAUACAAAAAGCCAGCUCUUUGUGUA